AUGCAGGAAUGUGGGCUUAUAUCCGCUGGUGAUCCGGAUAAGGAUGAGAUCCUCCUAUAUUUUACGGCUAGCUUGGGUGUUUUAUUACCAGGCCUUGUAUAUGUGAUCUACCAUAAAUUGCAUAAUAUCUAUAUGAGAUACGCUAUGAAGAAGGAAAAGGAGCGAUUAGCCGAUGAAGCGGCUCGUUCAGAAGUCGUCAUCGUCUCGCUAUGUACUGAAGAUAGUCCUGCACGGAGAUUUGUCAUACAUUUAGAGUCUAUAUUAAAAGCGGAACUAGUUAAUUCCCCUAAAUUAUGGGAUGUUGAGAAAUUGAACACUAAGGAAUUUGCCGCAUUUAAGGGUUUCUGCAUAUUUGUUGUCGAAACUAUAAAAGCCGGCUCAGGACCACCAUCAUGUGAAUGGUUUUUGGAAUGGCUGGAAGAUGUAGCAGCGGAUGCUAAACUAAAGAAAAAGGCGAAUUUUGAAGCAGUAAAGUUUGUCAUCGUCGGAUUCGGUCCCAGCACAGACGGAGAUAUGAAUUUUAAUAAGGCAUCUCGAACCGUCCUGAAACGAAUGAAAAUUCUUGGAUCAAAGCAAAUUAUGAGUGUUGCAUUGUUUGACACCGAUGAACCAGAAUCCGAGAUCUCUCAACGUUACACCAGUCUCUCGAAUCAUCUCCUCCAAGCUAUCGAUAAAAAUCUCCCCGGAGCUGAAGAAUCCGAGGCUACAAGCAGCAGCGAAUACUCGGAUGAAGAGGUGGACGAUGAGCAAUCGGCUCUCGAAAAGAAAACUCUCUGA